AUGUGGCCUACCAACGUCGUUGUUGAAAAGGGAGGAUGGGUGGUGCUGCAAGUGUCAUCGGCCGAUACUGAGCCCGGCGUAGGCCUUUUUAAGCACAACUCUCCCAUUGACCGGCUUGCUUGGAAGUUCACUGGAGUUAACAACAUUCACUUCGACGGGCACGAGAACUACCUGUUGCUCCCUGUGAUUCCGUGA